AAGAAUUCAGGCACUAUAAAGUAGACGAAGCUCUUACCUGUUUGCAUUGACUCGCAGUCAGACAGGUAACGUUAACAUGGGCACAGAAUCAGAAAAUAAAUCCGUUCUUAAAGAGGGGUUUUUAGUGAAAAGGGGACACGUGGUUCACAACUGGAAAGUUCGCUGGUUUGUACUUAAACCGGACAGACUUCUGUAUUAUAAAUACGAAAGUGGAAAACGCGAUUCGUCUCAUCGAGGGACCAUAUCGUUAAACAACUGCAACAUCAUCUGUCCUUACCUGGAGUAUGAGAACCGACCGCUGGUGCUGAGGCUGCAGACCAGCACCUCAGAAGAGCAUUUCCUGGAGGCGUGCAAGAGGGAGGAGCGUGAUGAAUGGGCUGAAGCGAUUGGCGCAGCAGUACAGAAGCUCAACCCACAUAAAACACCGACCCCAUCCUCAUCACAGAAUAAAGGUUCCACGUCCCUCCAUCUUCACAAUGUCAAUCUCAGUCAGGUGGUGGACUCUAUGUAUGAUGUGCACACUGGUAUUCGCCUAUGCAGCCAUGUUGAACAGGGCAGUUCUUACACCAACUGUUUCUCAGGCUCAGCAGUGGUGGAUUGGCUUGUGUUUAAUAAGCUGUCUCUGACCCGUGUGGAGGCAGUAACAUUAGCCUCUGCGCUCCUGGAUGACAGCUCUCUGCGACCUAUCGGAAUAAGAAGCGCCGAUGCUCUACGUAACGCUGCUUUAGGAGAGCAGUUUCUGGAUGAUUCCACUGCACUCUACUGCUUUUCUCAGAGCUUCCAGAAGAGAGGUAGUGUGAAAGCAGAGAAGUCUUUGUCUGCGGUGGAGCUGAGUGGCAAAGUAGUAAAGAGAGGUUACCUGUUAAAACAGGGCCACAAGGUGAAGAACUGGAAGGUGAGAUUGUUUGUCUUAAGGGCGGAGCCUGGCUUUCUGCACUACUAUGACCCCAGCAAGGAUGACAUCACACCAGUUGGCAGUAUAUCUCUGCGCGGUUGUCUGGUGUCUGCACUGGAUGAUAACGGCACACCCUCAGGUGUUAAGGGUAAAAUACAAGGGAACCUCUUCAAAAUCAUCACUCAGAUGGACACACACUAUUACAUUCAAGCCCCAACACACGAGGAGAGAAUGGACUGGAUCCAAGCUAUCAGACAAGUGAUGUAACCGUCACUUAACUCCAAAUGUAACGAACCAACCCUAACAAAUGAGUUAACCACUUUUUGUUAAACAAAUUCUCUGUUGACAAAUCUGUGCGUGUGCUGUUUAACAAUUGUAUUUUUGUGUGUCUUAAGUGUAUACGGGACAGUUUAGUUUUUAUAUAUUAGAAUAUACAGACGGUAAAGUUUUCGCAUUCAGUGAAUGUACAGUUAAUUAGAUGAUCAGUGUUUUUUGUAUGUGCUGUUUUGUAAUGUUAUAAUAAAUGUUGCAAAAAUGUA